AUGAUAGUCAAAUCAUGGGGUCUCAAGAUCACUGAAGGAGCUGAGUUAGCUGAUAAUGGGGCCAGUAUCCCAAGAUCACUGAAGGAGCUGAUUGGGGUAGUUAGUCAAUUCAUGCACAAGCCACAGGUUGCCCACAUGGAAGCAACACUCAGGAUUGUCAAAUAUCUGAAAGGAACACCGGGACGAGGAGUGUUAUUCCAGAAGCAUGGUUACUUAGAAAUACAAGCCUACACUAAUGCUGAUUGGGCGGGGAAUCCGAUCGACAGGAGAUCGACAUCAAGGUACUUCACUCUUGUUGGCGGUAACUUAGUCACCUGGAGAAGUAAAAAGCAGAAGGUGGUAGCUCUCUCCAGUGCUGAGGUAGAGUUUCGAAGGAUUGCACGAGGUUUAGCUGAAGUUCUCUAG